GACCACACUUUAACCACUCCAAGUCGAAGAAUUGAGACGGCCUCUGUGUUCCACAUUUAUAAUUCAUUAUAAUGGGAGCAAAAGAUAAGAAAAAGGGCACCGAAGCCAAAAAGGCUCGCAAGGCUGAAAAGGCAGCAAAGCAAGCCAGCAAGGGCGAGAAAAAGGCCAAAACAAAGACAGCCAAGAUCGAGGGCAGUGACGCCGAAGAUGUCGACCUGGACGAAGUGCUAGAGGAAUAUCGCCGUCAGCAGGAACAGUUCCUCAAGGUGACAGAGACGGUCUGCGAAACUAUCCCUCGACCAAGAGCUUCUUCGGCCUUUAUUGCCUCCCCGACAGAUACAAAUAACCUUCUUCUCUUUGGAGGCGAAUACUUUAACGGCUCGCUCGCCCAGUUCUUUAACGACUUGCUCAUCUACAACAUUUCUCGUGACGAGUGGCGAAGCGUCACGUCUCCCAACGCACCAUUGCCUAGAUCCGGCCACGCAUGGACGAGAGCUUCCAACCCGAACCAUGUAUAUCUCUUUGGUGGCGAGUUCUCAUCCCCUAAGCAAGGUACCUUCCACCAUUACUCAGACUUUUGGAGACUGGAACCUGCGACUCGUGAAUGGACCAAGAUUGAAGUCAAGGGCAAGGACAAGAGCCCGUCGGCAAGAAGUGGACACCGAAUGACAUACUGGAAACAAUACAUUAUCCUGUUCGGCGGAUUCCAGGAUACUUCUAACCAGACAAAGUAUCUUGCUGAUCUUUGGAUCUUUGACACUGUCAACUUUGUGUGGCAUUCACCUGCGUUGCCCCCAGCACAGCUAAAGCCAGACGCUCGCUCUUCUUUUACCUUUUUGCCGACUGAGGAUGGCGCCGUUCUCUACGGUGGAUACUCCAGAGUCAAGACAACAGUAACCCUGAAGAAGAAGGCCUCGAAAGGACAAUCAAGUGCUGGUCAGAAAAAUGUUCUUAUUCCCAAGGUCCAUGAGGACUCUUUCUUUCUCAAACUCGUUCAGCCGGCAUCGGAUGCAGGCCCCAACACACCACCAUCGGUCCGAUGGGAGAAGCGAAAGAAGCCUGCUAAUACACCAGCACCAACACGUGCCGGAGCUACCAUGACCUGGCACAAGGGUCGUGGCAUUCUCUUUGGUGGCGUUCACGACGUUGAGCAGAGCGAAGAGGGAAUGGAGAGUGAGUUCUUCAACCAAAUGUUUGCUUGGAAUAUCGAGCGAAACAGAUUCAUGCCCUUGCCUCUGCGCAAGGCCCGCCAGCAGCAGAAGAGGGCACCUGCUGAACAGCGUGUAAAUCGCCGUGCACGUGGCCAAGCAAACGAGGAAGAGCUUCUGCGACAGCUUGCUGCUCUAGAGACGGGAGCCUCACUGGACGAUCUAGACGGCAUUGAGCUAGAAAAGAAAGAGGAAGAGGCUGAAGAUGCCGAACCAGUUCGCGAGAUGCCUGUUACUAUGGAGAUGCCUCACAUGCGCUUCAAUGCGCAGCUUGCUGUCCAAAACGAUGUGUUGUACAUUUACGGUGGCACGUAUGAAAAGUCUGACCGAGAGUUUACGUUUGAUGACUUGUAUGCCAUUGACCUCGUGAAGCUCGAUGGCUGCAAGGAAAUCUUUAACAAGCCUGUCGAGGACUGGGUGGAAUCCGAGGAUGAAGACGAUGAUGAGGACGACGAAUACGACGAUGAAGACGACGACGAUGAUGAUGAUGAGGACGAGGACGAAGAAGACGACCGGCCUCAGAAAUUCACUCCUAGCAAACGUGGAAAGAAACAAGAGGAUUCUGCGGAUGCCUCUGCUGAAGCCGCCGCGGCGCCUGUUGUGGAAGAAGAGGAAACCGAGGCGAGCGAGACUGUUGAUGACGGUCUGCCUCAUCCUAGACCUUUUGAAUCUCGUCGCGACUUCUUUGUUCGCACGUCUUCUGAGUGGCAGGAGAUUCUCAUGACGAACCUGCGCUGGAAGAACAUCCAGCCAGAGACGCUGACCGUAAAGGAAAUCAAGACCAAGGCGUUUGAACUGAGUGAAGAGAAGUGGUGGGACUGCCGCGAGGAGAUCACGGCCUUGGAAGAGGAGCAAGAGGCUGCUGGUAUCCAAGAGGUUGUCAGCCUGGCUGAGCGAGGCGAUGCCGGCGCUGGAGGAGCCAGGAGACGCUAGAGAAGCACUAUAUAUCCAUAAAUUUAUGCAUAGCAAACUGGUUCAACUUCUUUGGAUUUCACCGAUCUGUCUGUCUCUAUUCUCGUCAUCAUCAUGAUCUUCGUCGUAACUGUCGUUCUAAUCCCUCCCCAGCUCUACCUAAUACAUGAAUCGUCUACCCUUUCUGUAACACCACAAACUCCUCAAUAUAACCACCAAACGCCAUCGCUACACCCCAACUGUACAAAAUAAUCAACCAAUCACUUCAACGGUUCCUCUACGACGCCUGUAGGUGACCACCCAGCCUUCUUGCCCCUCAUCCAGAGCACUGCAUCCGCUGCCUUGCCAAUCAGUCACGCAGGAGACUUGGCCAUGGGAGGGUACUCUUUGCCGCCGCUCUCAAACUUGGGCUCACAGGAGCAGCGGUCAUUGGCAGCAACAGAGUCCAUUACUGAGGGCACAUGGCUGCCGCAUCCCCACCAGGUGGUUUUCUCUAUCAGCGGAGGUUAGCAUCGACAGAAACGGAGAAUUGGGUUGGAGAUGUGUGUAUGUCAUACUGCAAGUAUCGCAAGUAGCCUUUCUACACAUUUCUACUGUGUUUUGAAGCGCGUGGUCUGGAUCUUAGAAAGUGUAUAAGGAUGAUAUGAAUCAAUGGGAGAGUGUAGAAUGCAAGUGGCGAGAUGCAAGAAACGUCAAAAACGUCAAGCGGAGUCGAGCGGAGUUACCCACUCGCCGUUGCUACAAACGCUAAUAAACCAACUACACGAUAUAUUGUAAAUACUUUCUCAAUUUAGCAUUUGAAGUUGUUAUAUAUAUUAUGUGUUCUAUGCAUAUUUAGUGUGUAUAUAUGAUGGCAGAAUUAAAAAAAAAGGAAAAAAUCUCCAAAAACGUGUGUGGUGUAAUGUAUUCCCAAUCUUGUGCUCAAGUACACCAUAGCAUGCAGACUUGUCGUCGACAAAAUACACAUGGCAUCAUUAUUUACGCAUAUUUCUUCCCCAGAUUAUUGUCGCUUGCUAAUCUCGCUCUCGGCAAUGGCACGAAUCAAGUUACGCGCCACUUCGCGGCCGCGCUCGACCGAAGUUUCGGACGCAUCGGCGGGCACAUGCAGGAAGACGACCUUGCGGGGGCGGUUCUGCUUAAGAAGCAGCGCUUGGCUGGAGUAGUAGAUGAAGUCGCAGAGGUAGUGGCCGGCGUCUUCGGAGAUGCGGAGAUCGAAGUCCAUCUAAGUCACAGUCUGUUAGCACACAAACGUCCAUGUAUCACGCGGCGACAGAAUAUACCGGGCUGUUGCCCUGCCAUCUCAUGUGAAUAUCCUCAAUAUCGAGCUCGGACAAGAGCUCGUCAGGAAGCCCGUGCCAGAUCCAAUUCUCAUCGAGCUUGCCCUCGGUCUCAUCCUUUAGGAGCAGGCCAUCGACAUCCUUCUUGUCGUAUCCGGUGCGGUGGGCUCUGCGCUCAAUUUUAUACUGGAGCUCGGGUCCAGCCAUGCCAAUGUGAAUAGCCGCGUCAAUCUUGUGGCCCAUGUACUCGUUGCCGUCCCAGAACUUGGGCGUCAGACUGCGUACGUUAUCGUAGCCAACAUGGAUGGCCUCGGGGUGGACAAGAAUGCGCACGGGAGGCAGGUCGACGGCGAAUCGCGAUUUGGGCACCUUGGCAGACACGGUGGGGAGAUACUCGGGAAGACCCUUUGCAAUCUCCCACGAUGGAUUGACGGGAUACUGCUCGCGGAAUGGCUGAUGAUGAUGUCAGCGCACAGUUUGGGGUUUGAGGCGGCCGCAGGUACUUACGCCAAAGCCCGUGACGAGGAUGGUGAAUUCCUC